CUGACGUCAUAGCAGCUCGGCAGAAAAGAAUAAGAUCAUAGAUUAAACAUCAUGUUUCAUGGCAUACCAGUGACAGGGAGUGUGGGUGGAGUUCCAGCCAACAAGCCUGAGUUGUAUGAGGAGGUGAAAUUAUACAAAAAUGCCAGAGAAAGAGAAAAGUACGACAACAUGGCUGAGUUGUUUGCUGUGGUGAAGACCCUGCAGGCCCUGGAGAAGGCUUACAUCAAAGACUGCGUAACGCCCAAUGAGUACACAGCCUCGUGUUCCAGACUCCUGGUCCAGUACAAGGCUGCCUUCAAGCAAGUGCAGGGUGCUGACGUGGGAUCCAUUGAUGACUUCUGUCGCAAGUACAGACUGGACUGCCCGCUGGCCAUGGAGAGGAUUAAGGAGGAUCGGCCAAUCACCAUCAAGGAUGACAAGGGCAACUUGAACCGCUGCAUUGCGGAUAUAGUGUCUCUCUUUAUCACCGUGAUGGACAAGCUGAGACUGGAGAUACGAGCCAUGGAUGAGAUCCAACCGGACCUGCGGGAGCUGAUGGAGACCAUGAACAGGAUGAGCAACAUGCCUCCAGACUCAGAAGCAAAGGACAAAGUCAGCUUGUGGUUGAGCACCCUGAGCAGCAUGUCGGCCUCGGAUGAGCUGGACGACAGCCAGGUGCGUCAGAUGCUCUUUGACCUGGAGUCAGCCUACAACGCCUUCAACCGCUUCCUGCACUCCUCCUAAGCUGUCUUGUGUACGCUCCAUCCUUCCAACUCUUCUUCUCUGGCUGCUCCCCCCUCCCAUCCUUGCACUGGAACAAUAACACAUGGUCUAAUCACACCUUUACAGGCAGGAAAUCCAAUUUCCACGUUUUGGAAAGAAUAUUUCCAUCUUUUUAUGUGGUCGGUGAUGUUCCCGUACUUCUUUUUCCUCCAGUAGCAUACUUUGAUGGCAUAACGAUGGCUAAAUGAUUGAAUGGUAUGCAAAACAUGCUGCUUUCUUGAUCAAGUUUUGUACUUUGUAUUUCCAUUCUUACAUGCUAAUCAGUCAUUUCUCUGCCAGUACUGUAGAGACCAUGUAUUUAUUCAAGAUUCCAUAUCCUUGUACAGAAAUGUUUGGAUAACACAACUUGUUUGUAGAAAUAAAAGUUCAAACAGCA